GCCGCCAUCUUGUGUGGAAAAAAACCCUUUGGGAAGAAAACGGGAAUAUUAUAUCUUUUCCUGAAACAAAAACCCCCGUUUUAUCCAGAACAAUGGUAUCGAUUUUACAUGAGUUUUUGGUAUUUUAAAAACAACACUUCUUAUUUCCUUCAUCAAAUCACACGUAAAACAUAUCCAAAUGACUCGAAAGUCACUCGGCUAUUUCCGCCGCUGUCCGAACGUCCUGGUAUUCCGUUGCUUCGUGACGUCACGACUGAAUACCUCCUCUUAUCUGAAGGCUCACGGACCCAAUAAAAUAGGUACAAUGGGAGAUAACCUGCUCAAUUCCGGAUUAAAAACAUUACGCGAUUUUAUUCCAAGGAGCUUUGUGUAAAUUUGCGAGCAUUCCUUGAAUAAGCUCCUCGCCGUGUCCUGCAAAUUUAACUGAAGCUGAGUGAAAAGAUCUCCUACAUUUGUGCUUGAGAACAUAACAGUAUGAGUCAGAAGACGGAGCGUCGAGGCAUUCACGUGGACCAGUCGGAGCUGCUGUGCAAAAAGGGAUGCGGUUACUACGGCAACGGUGCCUGGCAAGGCCUGUGCUCCAAAUGUUGGCGUGAGGAGUACCAACGGGUGCGCCAGAAGCAGAUCCAGGAUGACUGGGCCUUGGCUGAAAAGUUGCAGCGAGAGGAGGAGGCGGCCGCGUACGCCAGCAGCCACGGCGCGCCUGUCACGGCCCAGUCCACGCCUCCUUCGCACCCGUCCCAGUCCUCGCUGGGACCCUUUUCCAAGUUUGAGGAGAAGAAAACCAACGAGAAGACCCGCAAAGUCACCACCGUCAAGAAGUUUUUCAGCCCCUCGUCACGCAGCGCUUCCAAGAAAGACUCUCCGGAGGUGAAGACCACCAGCCCGUCCACGAGUCGCCAUGCCAGCUUCGACUCUGACCAGGUGUCGAAGGACUUCAUGGAGUUCUUGAAGAACCUGCAACGACCUGGACGGGAAAUCCACAAGCAGUGUCGCAGCUUUUUGAUCAACGUGUCCAGUAAGAAGGACCUGAGUGCUGAAGAAGUUUCGGAGUGUGUUCAGGACUUCUACCAGAACCUGGCCGACCGCUUGAUGAGUCACUUUAAAGGUUCCUCCGAGGCUGUGGAGCAGGUGAUGGACCAGGUGGAGAAGUACAUCAUGACCCGUUUGUACAAAAGCGUCUUCUGCCCGGAAACCACCGACGACGAGAAGAAAGACUUAGCCAUGCAGAACAGGAUAAGAGCUCUCCACUGGGUCAACAUCCACAUGCUUUGCGCGCCCAUGGACGAAGAGGUUCCGGAAGCCUCAGAGAACGUGGUCAAGGCCAUCACCGACAUCAUCGAGAUGGACUCCAAGAAGGUACCACGGGACAAGCUGGCAUGUGUGACGCGCUGCAGCAAGCACAUCUUCGCCGCCAUCGCCGGCACCAAAAGCGAGCCGGCAUCGGCCGACGACUUCCUGCCGGCGCUCAUCUACGUGGUCCUGAAGGCCAACCCGCCCCGACUGCAGUCCAACAUCCAGUACAUCACGCGCUUCUGCAAUCCCAGCAGGCUGAUGACCGGCGAGGACGGAUACUACUUCACUAACCUGUGCUGUGCGGCGGCCUUCAUUGAGAAACUGGACGCUCAAUCUCUCAACCUGACCCAGGAGGAGUUCGAGUCCUACAUGUCGGGCCAGGCUUCUCCUCACUCCGAGCAGAACCGCCCCGUAGCCCCCCUGGACUCAGACCCCGUGGCGCCCGAAGGCGCUCUAGCCCACCUUCGGCGUAACUUGGACCUCCUGUCGGAGUUGGGCGCCCGUCAGGAGGCACUGAUGGAGGCAGCCCGCGUGUUUCACGCCGAGCUGCUGGCCUGGCCCGACAGCGUGGGGCAAGAGGUGCGGGACACACUGGAGAAACACCCGCUCAAAGUUAGCCGACCCGCCGCCACUGCCAAUCCGCUCCCCGAGCUGCCGGCGCCACAGGUGUUUGCUGGGUAACAAAGUCCAAACGUGAAAAUCCUACUUUGCAAAAUUCCACACGUUAUCAUCAACCGUUUUGGAUUUUAUGAUGACUUCCACUCCAUGUUUUGUAGCCUCACUCUAAAUCAGGGGUGUCCAGACUUUUUUAUUCGAGGGCCGAUUUGAGGAAAAUCAAAUGAUUUCAUUGCAGCCAGCCCCACAGUUAAAUUGGAUUGGACGUCUAUCGCCGUCAAUGGCAGUGAAACAUGAUCACUUAAUGCUAGCCUCCUCAGUUGAAAUGGAUUUAAACUGUUAAGGGUUACAAUCAACAAAAUAAUCCAGAAGUAGAAGGAUAUUGUAUAUUUACACUACCAAAAAAGCAAUGCAGAACAAAGAGAAAAUGUCAAACUUUUGCAAAACAGUCAAGAAAACGUGGAUAGCUCACAUUAGAUUAACUUUUAUGUACAUUUAUGUAAAACAAAAUACUAAAUUCUACAGUUUCCUACAGUGAUUUCCACAUACUGUAUCAGGUUUUGAGUCCUGAACUUCAAGUAACGACCAUCAUCUAGUGUUAUAGCUCAGAAGUGCAAUAUAAUGUACUGUAUUUUCUGCACUACAAGGCGUAUCUGAGUAUUAGGCGCAUCGUCAAUGAAUGGCCCAUUUUAAAACUUUAAAACUACAGUGGUACCUCUACAUAUGAAUUAAUUCAUUCCAGGACCGUGUUUGUAAGUCGAAAUGGUCGUAUGUCGAGCAGGAUUUUCCCAAAAGAAUACAUUAUAAUUCCAUUAAUUCGUUCCACAGCCCGAAAACCUACACUAAAUCCCUAAUAAAUAAUGCUAGUACCAUUACAAAUUGCAUUUACACAUAGAAAAACAAAUAAAUUAUAAAUAAAAAUCGGAAUAAUAAUAUAAUCAUAAUUCCUGUUAUAAUGUAACGAAUCGGGUUCUAAUGUGGGAGAUGUGUUUUGCGUGCUGUAUCUGAACGCACCACGUGGCUGACGUGACAGUGAGAUAGGUGCGAUAGAGAUUUUACUUUCUCUUUUAAUGUCCUGUUGUUGUCUGCGUGAACUGCGGUGGACAGUAGGCGUGUUGCGUUGCACAAGUUCUGAAAUAAAUGAUUAAAAACCUCACGAAGCUGGUGAUUUCUUUGGCGAUGAUACGAUAAGACUAAUCAUCACCUUAACUUAAAAAGACAGGCGAACGGAGGUCGGAAGAGGACCGUCGAGAUUGUAGACAUUCUACGGCCGUAUUGCCGAGCCAGUUCACGGACACGCACACUACGCUUAUAUUUUUCCAUCAUUUCCAUGUUCAUUUCAAUAGUAAGCAUCACCUUUUUUCACCACCAGCACUAACCUUUUUGGAACCCAGGUUGAUUUCUCCCACAAGAAAAUCCGCCGAGCAUCCGUCUUGCGGGAAAGCAAAGAAACUGCGUCAUAUUUCGAGCAUGUCGUCGGAUUUAGAAAUGUAGAAACCAAAUGGCGAGUCAAAGUUUACGUCGGAUGUCGAAAAGAUCGUGUGUCGAAGUGACCGCAUGUUGAGGUACCACUGUAUAUGUAUAUAUAUAUAUAUAUAUAUAUAUAUAUAUAUAUAUAUAUAUAUAUAUAUAUAUAUAUAUAUAUAUAUAUAUAUAUAUAUGUAUAUUAGGGCUGUCAAACGAUUAAAAUUUUUAACCCAGUUAAUCACAGCUUAAAAAUUAAUUAAUCGCAAUUAAUUGUAAUUAAUCGCAAUUCAAACCAUCUCUAAAAUAUGCCAUAUUUUUCUGUAAACUAUUGUUGGAAUGGAAAGAUAAGACACACAUCACUAAAAUAUGGCAUAUUUUUCUGUAAACUAUUGUUGGAAUGGAAAGAUAAGACACAAGACAGUUAUAUACAUACAACAUACUGUACAUAAGUACUGUAUUUGUUUAUUAUAACAAUAAAUCCACAAAUGGCAUUAUUAACAUUCUUUCUGUUAAAGUGAUCCACGGAUAGUAAGACUUGUAGUUCUUAAAAGAUAAAUGUUAUAGUUACAAGUUAUCGUAAUUUUAUAUUAAAACCCCUCUUCAUGUUUUCAUUUUAAUAAAAUUUGUAAAAUUUUCAAUCAAAAGUAGAGUUAAUAUAAUAAGAAUAAAAAUAACAACAAUAAGAAUAGAGUGACCAAAGUCUGAGUAAGUUUUAUGUGUAUUUUGCAUAGCUAUUUUGAUUAGGAAUGCCGGUUCACUUUGCAUUGUUGUUUAACUGUGAGAAUAGGGCCUCAUUACUACAGACUGAAGUGCUUUUCUUUUUGUGAACAUUUUUUUUUUUUUUUUUUUUUUUUUGAGAGAUAGGAAUAUUAUUUUUGUUGUGCUUUCACUAAAUGAUACUUUGUUUGUUGUGAAGGAGUUGCCAAUGCUUAUGCCAAUGAACGGUGCGGUCGAAAGAACGCCUGUGUCCACUCACCUUUAUAACAUACACAGUAUAUCUAUGUACAUAUCUUACCCAAAAUACAACAAGAGACACAUAAUUGCCACUAAAAGAAAGAAUACUUACAGAAAUACUGUAUGUGUGGAGCACAAAUAGCACAGUGCAACAGCAUAAACAUCUCACGACUACUAAUUCUCCCACGUUUAGAAGGAAUAACAUUAGUAUGGAACGGCGCUGCCUCCAAGCGGCCGGUGGCAUUCUCUUCACUCUUAAUGUCCAUAAACGGCGUCAUUGUAAUCUGUUUGAGGCAAUGCGUGAGCGGGUCAUUCAGUGCAUGCGUUAAUUGUGUCAAAUAUUUUAAUGUGAUUAAUUUAAAAAAUUAAUUAACGCUCGUUAACGUGAUAAUUUUGACAGCCCAUAUAUAUAUAUAUAGUGCACCAAUAUAAGGCGCAGUAGUAGUCGUCGUAGUAAUACUAGUGGUUGUGGUAGCAUUAGAAAUUCACUAGAUAUAGCUGUGCUUAAGGAAAUGUUAUGCCAUGAUUAACCAAUAUUGAACAUAUAUAAGGCGCCUUGGAUUAUAAGGCGCACAUUUGGCUUUUGAGAAAAUUGAAGGCUCUUAGGUGUAGUGCACAAAAUACAGUAGGCUGAAUUUAAGCUUCUUGUGCAGGCCAUAGUCAUUAUUUCCAUCUUUUUGGACGAGCCAAUAAAAUCUGGGUUAUUGUCAUAUUAUAGUUUGGACACCCCUGCUCUGACCUGUACAAACUUGAACACGGGGGCACUCAUUUAACUCAUUGGCUACCAUUCACAGCACAAGACAUUUCAUCGAUUUUGACUGGUAACUAAGGCAGCAAGCCAAUCCUCCCAGUUUUAUUGAAGUGGGUGUUUAUUGUUGCCAAUGGUAGGCAAUCAGGUAAAUACUGUGGUAUAAGAUACAAAUAAAUCAACUUAAGAGUGUUAUUGGGAUCUAUAAACAAAGUGUAUUUCUGGUUUUAUUCAUUUUAAUGUUUUUAUUUUUUCAUAAAAAACAAUUAUCAAUAAUAAUAAUAAUAAUAAAAAUCGCAUAGUUAUAAUUGAGAACUGCUUUCCACAUAUGUGGACAUGACAUGGUCAUGUGAACCCCACCCCCAAUCAUACCAAAUGCAGAGGUGUGUAGAGUAGCCAAAAAUGUGACACAAGUAAGAGUAGGGAUAAUUCAAAAUAAUACUACUCAAGUAAAAGUAGUCAUCCAAAAAUGUACUUAAGUACAAGUAAAAAAGUAUUUGGUGAAAAGAAUACUCAAGUAACAAGGAACAUUAUGAGUAACGGCUUAUAUUUUUGUUUGAUUUUUUUUUAAACAAUGGUAUUUUUCUCUGAGCACAGUUAUCUGACGGUUAUGUACUGUUGUUAUAAUGAUACUGUACAAUAACCGAUUACAUAAAAUUAAGCAAUUAACAUUAGUGGAGAAAAUAGUUCCUGUUUGAAUAUUGAAGUAUUCCUUCAUAAUGACUAUUUUGAAAUUAAAAGGAU